GUAUUGUUGUCAUAACUGAUGGGGUAAUCAGCCUCCCAGAUGCCACCAUGUUUGACUCACUUCUAGUUCAGUUGAGAAACCAGACCAUUGCUUGCAGUUUUCUCCAGCUUGGCUCUGUGUAUCAUCCACAAGCAUCUCUAGGAUUUGUGCCAUUUUCUGACCUUAUGCACUUUUUAGCUAUGGCAACUUGUGGGGCUUACAUGUCAACCUUACCACCCAUAGAAGAUGAUUAUGAAUAUGACAUGAAUGAGUACCACAAGUCCCUUCUUUUGUGGGGGUUUCAGAACUUCAUGCAUGGAUCAAUGUAGAGAAUGGAUAUUAUGCCACCUAGCAGGUUCUUCAAUUUGCAGCCCAUUUUUCAAGAAGCAACCGAGCUCAUAAGAAAGAAAGAGAAAGAGACGCAGUUAAAUACAACGCUCAAUGCUGUCUUGUCUUGUCGUUUGAGGGAGGGCUACACAAUCAAAGAAGUUGCUGUAUCAGAUGAUCAAAUACAACUAAUUCUAGUCUUACCAUGGAAGUACUCCAUUUUCAUUGAGUAUCACAUGAGAGCUUUAUGGCCACCAACGCAGUCAUCUGUCCAUACCGAAGUCUGGAUAGAAGCAACGUACGAGUUCUUAAACGAUGUCACAAAUGACCUGAACCACCAACUGCGUUCCAAGUAUCGCCAGCGCAUGGUUGCCAAAUACUGGAGCACUUUGCAGCAUCUUCGAGAAACAGAUAUAAGAUUGGUUGAAUUCCAGUCAUUUACUUCUAACCAGGUGUACUUCACGAUUCCAGACUGUGUGAAGAGUGGCUAUCCAGUGUUUUACUUAAAUCCUGGGCAGAGUCACCCAAUUUCAGCUGGAGCGAGUGAUCAGUUUCCUCAGUUUGCGACAUUCUGGAAACUUGUGUGCUCGUUGGACACAAAUAUCUGGCAGAAAUGGAUGCACACACACCGCAUAGGCGUCAUCUUAGAACACGAUCACCCUCUGCCGAAGAAUCUGCAUAUUACCAAUGCGAGUGGCAGAUAUGGUAUCGUCCAGUGUCGUCAGGCUGAGUUGGCUCUCACGACUCUUCUAACCGACUGGUGUGACUUUGUGCUGAUUGAAAAUCAUUCCUACGUCAAGUUCCUUCGUGAGGAUGAGCCUGAGAAGCCUCCUAUAUCUUUCUUCGUUGUGAGAAUUAUGUCGAAGCCUCCCCCUUGCAUUGUCAUUCGGAUUGCAUUUUUGGGGGGUACUCCAGGAAAUAUAAGAAAUCAACUUGUGAGGCACCUCAGCGAACGAAUUCAGGGGCUAACAUUCCCAUCUCGUAUGGGCCUCAGUGAUCGCAGUAAAUCACUAUCACCGUCAACUCAUCAGUCUGAGGAAAAACUCAAUGAAGGUGUUGGAAUGACACUCUCCCCUGCCACAGAACUCAGGGAAACAGGGCUUCGACCUGUGCUGACUCGCGCAGCCUCCAAUAUUCCAUGUUGUGUCACCACGCAUAAACCUAUUGAAAAAAUUCUCAUAUGGUAUGAGAAGGUUCCAAGUAAUCUGUUGAGUUGUAUUGUGCAAGAAAGCUCUAGCAGUGCAUCUACUAGAUAUGUUCACUCUAACCUGGGAGCCACCAAGUCGGCAACCAACAACAUGUCCCUGCUCUCUCGUUACUUACACCACAGAAGAUGGAUUUGGUCUGUCCAAGCUCCCAGCGCUCCAGCUGUCUCCCUCAAUGCUGUUGCCAGGAUUCUGAAUACUUUAGCGAGAAUACGUCUUCAAGAAGGAUUCAACUUUGCAUAUUCCUGCAAUGGGAUCAUCACAAUGGUGCGGGAAUUUGAUAUGAAGCUUGAACUUCGAGAGAGCGAUGACAAUGGACUGUUAGAAUCUAAUGUCGAAGGCAGUCUGGAAACGUUUCCAUGUGUUGCUCAGUAUGUUAUUUUUCCACCACAUGUGACCAACUCAGCUAGAGAAAGCACUGUGGAUGAGGACUGGGAAGAAGGUGACAGUAUAGAAGCAGAUGGAGAGUUGCAGGUUGUAACGGAAUGCUGGAUCGAGCCACAGAAUGGUGCCGUCAUAUCCCCCUUUCUUCCCAGUGGACCAGGAAUGCAUCUGGGGAUUGCUGACGUUCGAACACUUGCUGUCCAUGAGCCAAGGUCAUGGCAACACUGUGUGUGGAUUACCUUCAAAAGCAGGGAUGCUUUUUACAGGAGGAAUAGGAGGAGGAGGAGGAGGUCCUGUUCCUCAUUUCUCUCUUCCCCCUGUAACCACAACCUUGCACGCAGCCCCUCGGAUAACUCAAGUGCCAUUUACUUUCGACCUCAUUCGCCUCCUGCCAAAGUGCCAGCAAGUUGAGUUGCUAGUCUCCACUUACAUUCAAGACUUGUACAGUAGCCUGGUAAAGAGAGUCACAUUUGGUGGUGAAAAUACUACGGACGAAGCCAAUCAGAUCUUGUAUGGUAUGCUUUUGGAUCACUUGAGUCAGCUACACGAUAACCAGGAGUUCCCCCUGAGCACUGCUGAUCUUCGAGCAUUACCCAAGAUGUUGCGGGAAAGGCAGCGUCCUCCUACCUCUAGUCCUUCGCCAUUUUCCAACACCUACAUCAGUGACAAUUGUGACCCUCCCAAAUGGAGAUGCUUCCUAAAGGGUGUGUCUCAUAAUCACCUCAUGAUCACACUCAUUCCAGCCUCAUACCAUGACUUGAAGUCUUUGUUAGUCAAACGUGCCAAUUUAUCUGAUGGAGAGAAUUUGGCUGUCAAAGUCAUCCCUGACUCGGAGAACACUCUUGAUCUUGACACUGAAACCAACACAACUGAUCAGCCCAUUGGAGGGCCCAUGUCAGAACAGCAGGUUUCUUUUGAGAGUAGCACAUCAUCUUUAACCCACCUCACAUCACCUAGUCUUCCCCCUCCAACUCCAACCAAUAGCAAGUCAAAUGGUCCUGCAGUUGAGGAAACAGAUGGCCUUCCACCUAGGAUGCGUUAUAGGUCAGGGCCAGUAGUAACAACACAAUCUCAACCAACGCAUCCAGUUUUUUCUGAUUCAGUCUUGAGGGAAAGGGCCAGUUCCUUUCAUGUCAACAGAGAACGAUGUAGUUCCUUUGGCCAGGGAUCUUUAGCUCCUGAACGCAGUAGGACUGGAUCAGUGGACUCCCCCACUAAGGAUCCUCAUAGUGACCUGACCGUCACCGAGUCGCCCAAAGAUCCCGUUAAGAGACGCUACGUAUCGAUGCCUUCCAAAUCGCUGCCGGGAUUCAGUGAUCCUUCUGUGAAGAGUAUGUCCAGUGAAGCCCUCAGAAAUGACGAUGGCUGUGUCCCUCUUCACUUGAGGAAUACUGGAGCAGAAGUGGAAUCUGUUGGAAGAGGGCCAAGUACUGAAGAGAGCCAGAGUGCAGUCCCUCCUUCUCCCUGCCACAAGUUUCUGUUUGGGGCUGUUACUCUGCCAAUCUAUGUUUAUGACUGCAAGCUCAACAGCAUUAUUACUCAACUGGUGAACAGGGAAGAGAGGUCAUAUGUUGUUGGGAAAGACAUUUUUAUGGAUUCAACCUUUAAACUUGAGCAUGAUCUUAUAGAGGACACUGUUCCUCUAAAAGAUGAAGAGUUACCAUCUUUGAGUGGCAUUCAGGAUGACAACAAACUCCCCAGUCCAGAACCUCGGUCUGAGGAAUCAGAUGUUGGAGUCGAUUCUAGUUUCCUGCGAACUCACGUUGGGGCCGUUGAAGUGUGUCAUCUUCGUAGCUUUGUGUUGGGUGUAUUUCAGUCAUUGCAAAAAGAACUGAUGAUCCACAAACAGGAUAUGGAGGCUGCAUUAAACCAUUGCCAUGAAGCUGUUAUGGAAAUUGAAAUAUCUCAUUUCCUUCAGACAAUAUGCGGGCAUCUUCGAGACUUCAGACUAAGAAGUAACAUCGAGCAAUUGCAUCAUUCCCAUUCUGCUACUCCCAAGCCUCAAGAUGGUGGGGAGGAGGAUGUGAAUGGCAGAGAAAAGGCUACUGAUCGGGUUGAUGACGAGGUCCCUAGCAGACCGAAGCCAGUUCCAAGCACAAGAUUUCCGUUGUCACUCCUGAAGCAACAUCUGCCUUGCAGAGACCUCCAGCAGUUGCAUUCUAUGAUCAAGGAGAGAUUUUCUGGGAUUCUUCAAGGUUCCUUUAGGCCAGUGCCAUCUCUUCCAGAAUACUACUUCUUUUCCCCUCAGUCUCUUCACCGUUCAAACGAGGGAACACCAGUCGGGGACUUCAUCUAUGUGUCGUCUCGUGAUCUGGAAGACUGGGAUCAGGCCCCUCUUGUCCUGCCGAGACACCGAAAGUUGCGAAGAGUAUCUGUCGGCAAGCGCUGUGAUUCUUUUGCCGAGGGUGAGGAGGACAUCGAAGAUGCCACAACCAUCAAUGGAUGUGAUGAAGAGGAAGAAGAACUUGGAGAAGAGGAGGAGGAUGAAGAUGAUCAUGACAAGAGCAUUGAGUUCAGAUCGGACAUAGGCAGCAGUGUUUAUCGACGUCUUCAUAGCCGCCUGACAUCCAUGGAUGGGGAUGAGGACAAGACUUCUGUAAUCAGUGAACGAGAUGAAGACCUGAGCACUCUGCCCGAUAAUUUGGACUUUAUGGAUGGGAUGAUUCCUCCUCUGUUCCUACACCUUACUUGUACAGUUCGAUUCAGCGGCCAUGUAGAAUCUACUUUGUCUGUGAAGACGGUUCCAACAUGCCUAGAUGAAAUAGUGCACUCCUUGAGCAGUAGCGAGAGAGAGGUAGACUUAAGUACAGUGAGUGUAACACUGGAUGUGUUGUGCAUGACGCUACCUCCAGCCUUAGCCACACAUACAAUGGGUGAGACUAUUGCUGCAUUGCUGGGUAAACGUGCAAGCCGUCUGACUAGUGUGUGCUCCUCUGCUUCUCCUCAGUUGAAGAGAGGGAGAUCUGUAUCAGAAUCAACAUGCGCAUCUAUGUCAGAUAUGGAAGACUCGUACCUUGAUGAUGAUGAUCAGCUGGGCCACUUACCAAAUUACCAACAUCAAGCUGUUAUAUCCACUGUUGAAGAGAUUAAGUGGCUGUUGCGGGAUGAGAUUGCGUCGGCCAUGUUGCACGUCUUCCCCUUGACAAAACAAACGCUGGAAAUGGUAGCAGCUCACGUUGAAAGUUCCAAGCAUGCAAGCAAUUGCAUAUCCGAGACUGUCCCUCUGAAUUUUGUGUGUGGGAUAGAACAGAGCAGAGAUAAGUUUAUACAGGAAUUUGGAAGGCUAAGUGUGGCAGGUCAUCACCUAGAGAAAGAGGGGUUGCUUUAUUAUGUUGUACAGGACAAAAAUCAGAUCCGCAGGAGGCAUUUCUCGUCCCUUGUUCCACCACUGGGAUUCAAGAGUCAGUUCAUCAUAGUAAGACCUCAACCUCAUGCAGAUGAUGCAGCUCAACUCAGGCAGAUGGAGUCAGGAAAUAUAACCAGCAAAGUCAGUCUCUCAUCGCCAGAUGUGAAAAUGCCGGCCAAGCUUCACACAACGCGAGUGUUAUUUGACAGCGAUAGGCGUACACUAGAGAACUUAGGUGAUGGGGAGAACCUUGGUCAGCGUGGCGAGAAGUGGAUGAGAAGACGAGAGAGGAAGGAAAGGAGAGAUUCUGAAAGACGAGGCUCUAUUAAUUCAACUGACUCAGAUUCCGAAAUUGAACAGGGUCGUCCGUCAUUUUCUCGAGAUUCAUCCUACCAAUCACAUGAUGGGAGGACAAGGUUUUCGGAGUCUCCCAAAAAGAAUUCAGAUGUCUUGGGAACAUCAUCCAGGAAGUCACAGGAUAAGAGAGAAGGGGAAGAGUCAGCUAAUGGGAGUGAGGCGAAAGAGGUUAAGAGGCAUCCACGCUUGGUAAGAAGUGGCCCCUGUCUUACCCCUUCGUUGUGUGAUAAUGAGUAUCCCCUGAAUCUGAGUAAGGAAGCAGACCCUAUCAUAGAAGGUCUUGAGCAGCUAGAUCAGAACACUAAGACAGGGCACGAUGAGAGUAAAAAGACUGAAGAGAGAGCAACUCUGUCAAACAAAACAUCGGGUGAAAGUGCGAACACAAGCACAGAGAGCAAAGCCAGCGUUGAUCAAGACGUUCCUGAAGACAGAGAAGAAAAGAAUGGCGAGACAAAAGGCUCAGGGAAAAUAGAUCAUUCAACUGCAGCCAUAGAUGAAAAUGUUGGUGAAGAUACACCUGUAAGUGUUGAAGGUUCUGCCAAUAUUUCCUCAAGGGUUGCCCCAGAGACUGCAGCCAUUGAGCCUGCAAAGUCUGCCAAGGAAGCAGCCCACAGGUUGUCAUUACCUUUAAAUGAGCUUAUCAGAUGUGGAUCUGAAAGCCUCCCACGAACACAGUUGUCAACAGAAGUCAUAAGGAAAUCUGCCAGUACAGAUAAUUUUGUUCCUUCUGUGACAGAAGCUGCGAUGGAUCAGUUUCGUAGUAAUCCAAGCAGCAUAAUGACUGUGAUGUGGGGUGAUUCUGGAUUAUGGGCAGAACUGAUCAAGAAUCGUCAAAAUUCAUCAGAACUUAAGAGUCGUCAUAAUUCCGGUGCCAGCGCUGAUAUACUAAAAAGUCGACAUAAUUCAGGUGCAGGUGGAGAUAUGCUUAAAAGUCGGCACAAUUCAGGCACUGGAUCAGUCCCAGGUGGCCUCUAUUCAGAUGUGUCCAGCCUUUUAGAGUCAGGGCAAACAACUGAAGAUGGAUGUGAAGGAGAUAUUAGUGAUUCUGAUAAUGAGUGCUGUGACUGGCUCCAAGAUUUCGAAGCUGUGCGACCUUUUCUGCCCGAGUUUUGGCUAAUCUUAAGAGUUUCCAGUGACUGUGUCGACACUUUCUUUCAUUGUCGAUCGGAAGGAGAGGUCUCUCGCUUGCGCUCAGUGCAAGCUGAAGUGGUACGUAGCGUUCGAGCCCUCGUGAAGCUCGUGAACCAGACACUUCUCCUUCAGGAUCUUCACUCUACGCGUAUGUGUAACCGUUUGCUGGAACCAGACACAUCUGAGGAUAUAUGGCGUCAUGAAGAGACAAAAGGAAGAAAUACUGAAGAUGGUGAUGCAGAUUCCAGAGGAGUUUUAGAAGCUAGCCUGAAAUUCAAGGCUGGGGCAUUUGCCUGUCGAGUAGUGUGGGAGACUAAGUUUGAAUUACAUCCCAAGGUGAAGCUGUGUGCUGGAAAAGUAGGCAGUAAGGGCAUCCAAGCCUUACGUACCAUUUUAAAUCCCAUCUCUGUAAACAAUCGGAAAAAUAUGUUUGUUUAUGAGGACACUUCAGGAAAUGGACCCCAUGUCUUUUACCUAAGGUUGAAUGAGCAGCAGACAACAUCAGUGUCCCCACAAGUUGAGGGCCGACGAGAUGAGGGCGGCCUGUCUCACAGCUCCUCUGUUGUUUCUUUAGGAAAGCGAGGGAGUAGAGAUGAUGAUCCUCUUAUCCUCAAGAAUGAGCUGAGACCUCGUGUCAGUUCCUUUGGAGAGAAGGAUGUCAUCAUGGAAGGAGUUCCAUCUACACCUGCCCAGCGCAAGCGUAAUCAUUACAUAAUCCUUACGGUCCAUGGCAUUGCAGAACCAGGACCUGCCAUCAAGGAGGAGCUUGUUCGGAUGUUACAAAAUCGUUUGGAUGAAGCUGUGGUGGAAAACAUUUGUGUUGUUUUGUGGAAUAAUCCUCAGCAUAAACUCUCUCCUGAAGAUGUUCACUUCAUUCAGCCUCCCUACCAACCACCUAAAACUACUAUUAGAUUUACUAUCAAUGCUUAUGCACUUCCUUAUUUACAAGCAGUUGGGUACUACCUAAAGCAGAACAUGUUGUCCUGUGGAUUUAUCCAUCCAAAAUUUACAGAUAAUCGACCAGAACAUCAUUUUCAGGAUUUUUCAGCAACAGACCAGGACUUAUGUAGUGAGCCGAACAUAUUCCUCUUUGUUCGUCCUAGAAAGUCAGCUGCUAAAGGCAUAGCUUGCAUAGCGUUUUCUUUGGUUGAUGGAAAGGGAAAUACUGUUCAGCUUAUAAGCUGCCAAAGACCUAAUCCUUUGGCAUAUCAAGAAGUCUUCUCAAAACAAGAAUUCGAGGCACUUACUCACACUCAGGAGUGCCAGGAAGAUCACUCAAAGUGUCCAGGCCCUAUGAGUGUACUUCAGUUCAAAGUUUGGGAGUCUGGGCGAGUGGAUUUAGAUGAAGUUCGAAGGUAUUUGGUGGAUUCUAUCAGUCAUGCACUGUUUGAUGUCAACACCGAGUAUCGCCUGUUAACAGCACCAUUGGUUCUAGGUCAGGAGAAGCAGUACCACACAGCCCCUGUUUCAGAACCAUCUACGCCAAAGAAAGACACGACUCAAGCAGAGCCAGUCCGAUCAGUUAGCUUGAUGGAGAGGAAUCCAAAUAGAGCCGAAGAUCGCAUGAGGUCCAUCUCUGUGUCUGGUGUCCCCCCUCAUGUGUGUCUUCCUCACAUGACCAGUAGACUCGGGCUCAAAAGGUCCGUACAUGGAACCGAUUCCCGUGGGGAUUCGUUGAAAGACCAGCGAGCCCCUUCACCCCUGACGUUAGUGCAGGCAAGACUGCGACUCAUGUCUAACUCUGUGCCCGACCUGAAGUUACGAGGUCGAAGGGCAUCAUUACAGUCUCCCUGGGACAACUCAUCUGGGAACGAUAGCUCAGCACCGACCAGCUCUUCUGGCCAUUCUCCACUGAAAAUAAGACAUUCCGUUGAUUUUGGAAUGGAGCACAGUCAACUGAUAGUAGAAGAUGGACUUCAUACAGCUGAGAAAUCGCCGUGGGAUAUAGUAGACAGAUCAUCAGCCACCUUGCAUCCAUUAUUCUGUGAAUUAUUGCUUGACUGGCUGGAGUAUGCUUCGGAGCUCGGCGAGAAAGGCGAACAUGCGGUCCGCAAAGAACUUGGGGAGAAAGGAGGCGAACAUGCGGUCCGCAAAGAACUUGGGGAGAAAGGAGGUGAACAUGCCGUUAGAAAAUACACCCAGCAUAUUUCAACCAGACAUGCAGUACCAGUGUUCAUCACUGAGCUUCAGAAGUGGGUUUCUUCAAAGUGGACAGAGGUUACCACAGAAAUAUUUGAGGAGAUGGAUGUUGAGGGCAAGUCACCAGUCUACAAACUUGUGGAGUCAGGCAAGCCACCAAAUGUGCUGAAGUCUAGGUCUAGUGGAGGAUAUGACGUUAAGAAAAUAAUAAUUGUAAGCCGAAACAACAAACAGUGGUGGUCGUCAAUACAUGAGGACAACUUUCAUGAUUACUACAUGUCCACCAUUAAACCAAGUAAAGCCACACAAAGGUAUCCUCCUCUCAUUGUGUGGCCUAAAGGCCAGUGUAUAAGUGAAGAGGACUCAGUUUAUCCAAGACCUGACUCAGGACAGCCACCAAGUGGUCUUAGCACCCCUGUUACAGCUCCUCCAACAGGAAUUCCUUCUUCCAUGACUAGCAGUAGUGUUGGAACCUCUGCAAUACCUAUAUCCACUCCUGUAACAGUGCCCUCUACCCCAACAAGUCUCUCAUCUGCAGUCCUCUGGCCAUAUGAGUCAACAGAAGCCCUUUUCAUUCCACGACAGAAGCUGUUAUAUGCAACAAUUGUCGGGGAGGAAAUUGUGAUAUAUACGUACAACUGGACAAAGGAACACUGUGAUGCCCUCCACAUUUUCAUGAACUGUCUGGCCCAGUGGACUAAGGCUCGUUCACGACUUCUUUCAACUGUAGUUGUGCAGAAGAUGGGGCUCUUCCAUAACCAGCCAUUUGGGAGGAAAACUGAUUCUGAGGAAGACAAUCCAAAUUUUUAUUCAUUUGCCACUGUUGAAGCUUUGAUAAAGGCACAAGCACCUAUCUCGCAGCUGGGUGUGGUAAACGAACGAGGCGGCAGGAGGUCUCAGACUAACAUGCAAGUCCCUGGCAUUGGAGAUGUGUACAGAGACAGCAGACCAGUACGCUGCCUGAGAAAUUCAGCUUAUGGAAAUCUCAAAGUGCUUGAGUUACGACACGGCAAUCAGAUGCUUGAAAUCAAGAGACUCAGAGUGCAGAAAGAAAACCAGAGGAAAGUCUUGGUACAGAUGAUUUCUCAGUCACCAGGUCAUGCCAGUCCAGCGUUUGAUGAAAAAAUUCUGGAUCUUUACAAGCAGACUGCACGAUUUGUUCACUUUUGCUACACUCCAAUGUUGUUCCUUCCACGAUGGAGGUGGCAGGUAGCUGCCGUACGAGACCACAGUUUACCAAAUGAAGAAAUGGGUCCAGAAAAGGCAACAGCACUGGGUUUCAAAACCCCAGAAAAUCGAUCAAGACAUGACUCUGGCAGCUCCAUGAAAGGAGCCGUUAGCACUGGACCAGCUGAAUUACGCCGAACGCUAUCUUUGAUGACCGCGGUGUCAAGCCCGGCACAACGCAAGCGUCACAUAACAGGCGGAGACGAUAAAUGGCACGGAUCGCUGUGCAUGAAUUUCUUGAAAGAGUACAUCCAGUAUCUUCAGAGUCUUGGCUUUUUGUCCCUUUCUGUAACCAAAGGACCCAUUCAAAAAGGGGCCACUCUGAACAGGGAGAGAGAAACACGGAGCUUCUGGACAAAAGAAGUGAGGUUCAACGAGCAUCUGUCGACCGAGUCUACAUAUCUGAUGAAGAAUGUUUUAGGUGGAAUAAUACUUCUUGAGAUCUUUUUCACUGAGCCUUAUUUUGCUGUUAAGGUGUAUGUUCUUGAAUCAAUAAGGUUACAGGGAAGAAAACUCAAUACACUGUCCUCUCAGACCCAAGGAGUCAUAGGAGUUGUGGUGAGCGGUCCUCCAGCACCUGUGCUUCCCUCACCACACUCUUCUGCUACGCUCCUCUUUCCCGAGGGCUGCCCUCCUGACCACAUUGAUGACAAAUUCGCCACCAAUUACUUUAUGGACGAAGUUGACAGCAUGAAGGUCCUUCUGCACGUUCAUUCGUUCACUUACGAUUUCCAUCUCCGAAGUGUUUGUGCCUAUGUGACAGAUCGACAGCUUCUCUUCCAUCCUGGCUAUCAUGUGUCCUCCUUCUUAAAUGACUUCAUCAAGUAUUAUAACAAGGGACCAAAUUUUGCAAGGAAUAUGGUUUACUCUGCACACAUGAAAGUGUUAGAUACUGGAACUCCAGGAGAGCAGUUGUACAAUUAUCUGUUGGCUCGAGAAAAACAGUAUGGCGUGAAAGUCCUCAGAAUGAAGCCUAUCUUCAUUGACCCUGACUCAGAUAUGCAAGAGACAGAAUUCAUCAUGGUGUACAAUGAGACAUGCAGGAUGGGGUACAGCGAUGCCAAUGAGCAGAGAGUCACCGACGAGUAUGACGUGUCAGUGCUGGUCACUCAUGAUCUGUCAGAAGAUGGUGGUGAUGUGGCCAAUCAGCAGACUGAUGCUCUUCACCUGAAAGUUUACAUCCUUCUGAGCAGCAAGAGGGAAAUGUAUCCCAACCGCACACUGGAUAGAAAGAAAGGAAUCUUCAGAACUGUGUAUGAUGUACCAACCCUGAGAGCAGAAAAAGCAGAGAAGGCAGCUGCUUCUGGUCUUAAGGUGGAGACUAUUGAAAGGAAAGGGGAUACUAUUACUGGCACACCAGUAACUUUAACAGUCAUAGAAGAUGGCAAAGAAGUUUCCAGCAGCUUUUCCGAGUGGACAAGAGCUUCAAUGGGCACAGAAGGAGCUUCGCCAGUGCUCGAGUAUAUACCUUCGUUGCCCAGCACAAAGGAAAUCCUUCCUCCUCCACCUCUGAAGUCCCAUAGUGGCAUUAGGUUGGAAAGUGUGAGAUAUCUUGGCUAUUACACCCACUAUGAACAGAAAAUCCACACCAAUCUUCAUAAUCAGGCUUUGCAAGCACAGAGACACAUCCAUUUUAUUUUCAACCAAGCUAAAAUCCAUUGCAGACGAGAUUGGCUUUGGCAAAGACUAACCGCAGUUCUCCGUGAAGAUGAGAAACAGAAAAUAGCAAGGGAUCAGGUCCUGAGCAAUGCAGCUUACAGUGAAUUGUGUGAACUCUUGAGCCUUGUGCAGGUGACAUCUCUAAGUACAAUUGACCCAAAUCUUGCCCCCUUCUUCUCAAAGCCAUUGCAGUGGUAUCAAGGCCUCACAAGGGUACUACAAGCAAAAUACCAAGACAGAUACAGGAGUUUAACUUCAAAUGAUGGCAACAUUCAGCACCUGUUGAUUCUCAGUCCCUCCUGUCCUGAAGCAUUCAUGAUGCUAUCAACAAAUUUGCAUCUUCAGAAAGCAGAGUUGAGUUGCAUCAACAAGCAACUGCGAAAUGAAGAAAAAGUGAUCAUCGUAACAAAUACCAAGAUAAUGGGCAUUCUCACAGAUUUUGUUAAUGCGUGUUGUUAUCAUCUGUGGACAGGAUUAUUAUAGUCGACACAGUAGCAUUUUAGAUAAGAAUUAUACUGAAUGCCAUAACAAUAAGUCCGUAUCUGGUGCUAUCUACAUAUUUAGUGAUGCUUAAGGAUUCUCUUCCAUGUUGUAACAUAUGAUUCUUUAAUGGCUUUACAAUUUAUCAACAUAGUUUAAGAUAUAAAAGGUAUUUUUACCCCCUUUGAGGUUGUAUGACAGGUUCCCUAUACAUGUUAGUUGAAUGUAGGGCUACUCAAAGCGAAUAUCGAAGUUUUUUCUUUCCAGGAAAAAGUCUUCAAAGAAAAUCAGCUAACAGACCAGUUUUUACAUUUGCAAUAUGAUGUGCAGAAUAAGCUGAUUUUCACUGUCAUAUAAACAGACAGUAAAACCUACCAAACGGCCUUAAUUUUAGUAGAGCAAUGAAGGGUAUAUAAUUAUGCUCAACUCCAAAAUGAAUGAAUAUAAGCUAAUGCUACAGAAUUAGUGCUUUGAGAUUUAGGCUGCACUGAUAAAGUGGAUCUUGAAUAAAGUAAGUACAAAGGUAGGAGUAUUUAGAUGCAAAGUUAUUACAGAAAUAGUAUCAUUUCUCUGCAAGUAGUUUGUUAGAAGUUACAAAUCUAAUUUUGUUUUAUACAAUUUUUUUCUGCCCUUUAUUCUUAAGUGGUGGUUAUCUACAGCAUUCAGCUACUAAAAAUGUUAGGUGACAAAAUGUUCUUAAAUUGCAAACAUUGAUUUUAUAAGCCUUAAUCAAACUGAUAUCAACCAGGACAGACCAUAUAAAAUGAGAGGUGACAGGUUAAAUGGUACGAUUUAUAGUAGUUGAUGCUACGAGUGCCAACAUUGGAUUUCAUCACCUGGCAAUGAUGAGCAUUUGUGUAUUUCAUUCACUAUUUUUGUUUUUGUGUCAGUUUCACAGAGUUGACCUCUUCUGUUUCUGGCACAGUUUCCCUUCUUAGUUCCUUCCAGAACUAUUUACCUUUUUCUUCAUUGUGUUUAUACGUACCUACUUUAUUUCCACAUUCUUGCUCUCCAAAUCAACAUUUUUUAAAAGCUACCUUUUCUACAAGUCUUCUUGUGUUUGCCUCAUUAAUUCACAUUUAACAAUGUUAAACAAUUUUAUGUAGUGUUAUAUAUACUGAGAAUUUUUGCACAGUAUGUGUUUCUUCAUGCUAAUGCUUCCCCUUGCCCUCUUUGCUACAGUAAGUUACCCAGUCUUAGCUCAGGGUUACAUUCUUUCAAAGAAGCCAGGUUUCUUAUGUAGUUCCUUUCUUUGCAGUACAUUAAUCUAGCUUAACAAGAUGUACAUGAUGGAUCCGUGUAGAAAAAAAGUAUACUGGAAAAAAUUUGUUAAGGUGCAUUGCACUGCUGUAAAAUGUCAUAAACAGAUGCCUGCAACUUAUCACAUACAGCUUGAUACUCAACAACUUAUUGAUAUUUCUAGCCAGUUCCUCAUUCAAUUAUCUAGGUUAUACCAAAGGUUCAUUCUCCACUCAUUUGUGUAAUAUAUGAAGUAAAUGGUCAACAUGUGUUCAUAUGUUUGACUGUAGUGUGGGUGCACCCAAGUCUGUAAACAUGUGUUCCUUCUCAUUGCAUCACUGACUGACCUUUUUACAUAAACUGACAGCACUGACGAUAUACUGACAUUAUCUUGCAUUGCCGCAGUGCCAAAAUUGUACCAUUUUAGCUUUUCCGACCUCACUUUAAAUGAACUGACCUUAUAUAAUAUUUUUUUUUAAAUCUACGGCAUCUCUGACCAAAAAUGAAUGCAGUAUUUGCACUUCCAUCUCUUUACUUCCCAGUACAUUCAGUCAACAUUAAGACGAUAAUAACAUCCUCUUUUAAUUAUGCUGGUCAUAACAUAGUUAAGGUUUGCUAAAACUGAUUUUAAAUUUGACAAGACAAUGAUUUCUAUUACAAAUAGUCAGUGUUUACUCUCACUUUAUUGUAUGUUAGAUUUUACAUGAAUUUUGAUUCUCAUGGUAAGUGUUAACAGCAACAUCUUGCCAUAAAAUGCAGUAUAGAGCUAUUGAUAUUAUUACUUCUUGUAUUUAUAAAAUUCCUACAAACACAACUUUACCAUUGUUAGUGAAAAUUAAAACUAUCCAGAAAGAUUUAAAAGGUACUUACUGUAUAUGGUAAAUAAAUGUAACUGGAAAUAGUAGUUGUUUGAGCUGCAGUUAUGCAAGUAUCAGCUAAAUUUACAUUUGUGCUUGCUGUGAUCAUUUACAAUACAUAGUUAGACCAAGUAGGCAAUGGUGGUGAACCCACUGGAAUGAUGUUGCACAGGAACUUCACAAAUAAUUAGAAAAUAAAGCUGAAUUGGAAUCUGUCAAGAAGUAAUUUACAAAACAAAAUCUUCACAUUCUUCAAAAGACAGAUUAAUGUACAGCAGAAGACCACUACAGUUUUACAGUACCUCAGAACAAAAA